AGAAACGCAACGCCGCUCGCCAACGGGGAAUGCGCCAUAAAUAUCUUGGUCGCCUCUCUCCCGUCGUGCCUCGCGCCUCAGUUGUAACAUGGCGGCGUGGGCGGUGGGCUGUUGACCGCAGCCUCGGAGGGGCAGUCAUGUACUAAAGUACUAAAGGUCGGGUCGGGUUGGAGGGGGAGGUGUGUACCGGGCCGGGACUCGCAGAGCCAGGAGAGAGAGAGCGACAACGAAUUUGAUUGAAACGCAAAGCCACAAAAAUCCCUGUCUGCUACCGAGAGGGCCAUGUCCAAACAACUCAAGUGUGGCCUCUGCCGAGUCCACUGUGCCAACACUAAGGAAUUUGAAGAGCACAUCAGAAGCAUGUUGCACCACCGGGAACUGGAGACAGUUGAAGGAAGGGCCUGCACGCACCACUGCCGGGUGUGUUGUGCCAACGUGGUGGGGCUGUCCGCGUACGCCUCCCACCUGAGCAGCCCCGAGCACAAGAAACGCGUGGAGAAGUCGAGCCCUGGUAGCGCAUAUCGCGAGCUUCCUCCUCCCGACGCAGCGCAAACAACCGCUCAAAGAGACGACGCAAAGAAACCAGAAGAACGAAGUUUACCCGUAACUGACACAACGAAACAAGUCCCUUUCAACAACAACCGUUUCCAUCCAAGACCAAACCUUGAAAAAGCCAAGAAGAUGGUGAAAGAAGCUACUAACGAGUCCAAACCAAAGACCGACAAACUCAUGGAGCAGCCCAGGAGCCACACGGACGCGCACCCUGCCUGGACGGGUGCAACCUCGAACGGCCUCAAAGCCAACAGUCCCCUCUUGCCCCCUCCCGGUGUAUGCUACCAAAAUCGGCACCAUAAGAGGCAGCCUUUCAGCAUGAGAGGCAGAGGUGGUGCCGGUGGUGGCAGAGGUUACGGCUACAACUAUAACCAUGGCCCCAAUCGAUACUGGCAAGAUUUCCGUUACCCCCCACAGCGCUGGCACAAUGAUCAAAAUUACAAGCAUUGGCCCGAGCACCUCGACGAGGGCAACUAUAACAGGGGAAUGCAAGACGACUUCACUUCGGACGAACUCCCGCCGUGGUUUGACCGGGAAGAAAAUGCGCCAUUCCAUCAACACGUGGAUCGUGGGAAAAUGAAACCUGCCUCGAGAUUCACACGCUGGACCCCAUAUCCUUCACAAAAGAAUCCCAAUGGCCAUCGAGACCAAGAGAUGAUGCCCGAGGAGGUUAAGCAACUGGAAAAGGUUCCUCCGCUGAAAGCUGACGAGCUGCCAAAGAUCUCCUUUGAUAAAAGCAAAACGCGAGUGCCGCCGAACCCCACCAACACUACCCAGGGCGGAUCAAGAGUCGCCCCGAGUGGCACGACGGCCCGCAGUGACCCCGCUCGCGGCGAGGGCACUGGCUCUUCAUCAAGCAGGCCCUCGGUGGCCGCAUCGCAGGGACCUCGCACGACGACAUACCAGUCGAAGGGUGCCGUUCCUCUUUCAGGCAAACAACAGAGGCGGGAGAGUCUCUCCAGCAACCUGCGGAAGGUACGUGCCAAUCUCCGUGCUGGGCCUUCCCAACACAAGCCUCCUGCGGCCGUCCGUGCCACCGAAAAGCACUCCAACUGCCCCAAGAACAAGGCGACUCAAAAGGAUGACAUCUCCACUCACCCGUCCGAGGUCUGCGAGGAUCCGCCCUGCCUCACUUUGCCCUCGUUAUCGCUGUCGAGCCACCGGCCCAGCAGUGCCCCUAGCGCUUUGCUGAAGCUUGAUGAGAAGCCGGGGGACGCGGCCCAGCGAGUGGCAACGCACGAGAGGCCAUGGUCAGCGGGGGCAUCUGGCUCCACCGUGGGCCAAAGAGACUCAGCCGACCUUGCGAAGGUGGACAAAGAAGGGGUAACUGCAAAUUCGGCUGACGCCAACCGCCCCACCGCUGUUGAGCCCAACUUGGUCGAUGUGUUUAAAACCAAACUCGCAGGCAUCGUGGAUAAGGUGUCGGGCAUUAGAUCAGUCCAUAAACAAAUGAAAGAGCGUGUGCCGCAGCCCAACAAAGCUUGUCGACUUGGGAUAUACGGAAAAAGUGAACGCCGUUAUUACGACUCCAAUACCGUUAACACAGAAGCAACCGGUGGGAGUCCAUGGACGCGUCAAAAUAAAGAAACGUCACACAGCCAACCCUUUAGUAAUGACUGCACAGGUGGGAAGCCGCCCCAAGAAAAGAACCUCCCCUCCCCAAGUGGGAAAGAGUUUGGUGCUCAAGGAGGGGAUGAGACGAAUCAGAGCCCGGCUUUGGACAUGACCUCUACCGAUGCCACGGUGCGUCUGGAAUGUCUGUCUGCCGCGAUCACCAACUCGGUGACGAACGUGAGGCCCGCACAUGCGGAAAGCAGAACCUCCGAGACCACGACUGAAAUCAAAAUAGAAACAGCGCCGGAAGCCGAGAUCAUGGUCACGGCUGCUCUGGCCUCAGACAAACACACCGGUGACUGCGUGUCCUCUGAACCGGAGGCCCACAGGUGCCCGCCGGCGUUGGCGCAAGCCGAGCUGAGCAGGCUGGGGGUCUCGACGGCGCUGCAAAAAGAGCUUUCCCGGUACCUGGCAGCACGUGGAACCAGUGGGAGCAAGCCAGGUACGGCAGCCCCCGAACCAAACCUCAACCAGGCUCGGCGCCGCAUGCGCCCCGGCGGCACCUACACGAGCGGCCCUGUGCCGAGCACCACACUGGGAAAGGGACCGGCGGUAUUGGCGGUGUCGGGUACCGCAGGGCUUGGCGGCGCCGAGGCCCAGCGCAAGCCGGAAGUGGAGCGGGAGAGCUGCAGCCUGCGUCCUGCCAUCCAGCAGCUGCUGAGUGCACCACGCAGGAAUGUCGACUGGGAGCAGAUCGUACAAGUGCUCAGCAAGAGGAGGCAGGCGAAGGGGCUGCCCAGAUUUGGAAUCGAAAUGGGACCAGCCAACAAGGAUGACCCAUUAGACCCAGCCUUCCUCAACUUUGAUGAGCUGGGUGACUUCCCUGAGCUGUAUGACCUCAAUUUGGACGACUUCCUCCAUAAGGAGCAGCAGUUUGGCACCAAAUAUCACUCCGACAAUCCGGUGGAGCCAGCCAGUGAACCCCGCCUCGCGUGCGCCACAGCCGGAGAAGCAGCAGCCAGUGUCUCCGGCACCACCACUUCUAGCAGCGGUCGAGUCCCACAGCUCCUGGCCACUCUCGAGCACACGCCAAACAACACCACAAAUGAAAAGCAUCUCUCCGAGAACGGAAUGAGCGCCAGCCGCCCAUUGCGAACGGGCGUCACCACCACCACCACCAUGGGUGACCUUGGCUCGGAGGGACCGCCGGUUAACACGGGAGCAGCCGCGACCCCAAGGAGCUUGUCCGGUGUCCUGCUGGCCAACACCCCGGAAGUCGGCUCUCCCAGUGCCAGCCCGAUAAGCCCACAGCGCCCGCUGGGCGCUCAGGUGGAGGGUGAACCUGACAUCUUGACGGACAGCAGCUUCACAUCCGGGCCCGAGCCCAGUGGGGGCCAGGCCCGCAAGAAGCGCCGUGCCACCGCGGAAGGGUCUUCGCCAGAGGUGCCAGAAAUUGAGCGGAAAAACAAGAGGAUGAAGGUCAAGGGCUUAAAAAAAGACCGGCAACACGUGGACGAGCUGCUGAGUGUGUCGCUGCGUGAGGAGGAGUUGAGUCGCGGCAUGCAGGAGCUGGAGCCCACACUGGAGCAUGCCAAGGCUGCCCUGCACAGCGCCUUCCUGCAUGUGCAGGAGCUGCUGCUGCACAAACAGCAGAUUACCAUGGAGAUGGACAAAUUGAGGUCCUACCGCAUCCAGAUUCUCCAAGGAAUGCAAGAUAAAUCUGUGAACCAGCUGCAUUUGCCUUCUGCUCCAUUGGUCCCGCCAGCGGCUACCGCAUCCCCGAGUCUCCCUGGCCCCGCCGGCGUCUCCCACCCUCUGCUGAUCAAGCAGGAGGCCGGGGAGCUCACCCCAGUCACCGCCUGCACACCGCCCAUGCUGAACACGGCCCUGUAUCCGGGCUCCUUCCUCCCGCCCUCGCCGCUCCUGCAGCAGUGCCUUCCCGCUGCCACUCGCGGCGAGGCCGGCGUGCCCACGGCGACGACACCACCAGCCACGCACUACUUCACGCAGCCACAGGAAGUGCCGUGGCGACGGCCGCCCCUGCCCGACGGCAUCCCAGAAACGAUGCCGCUCAGAAGUUCUCGCCUCUCGUCUCCUGCCCGCUCCAACAUGUGCACGCCCGUAAGCAAGUCCCUCGCCUCGACGCCUCAUGAUUCCAGCGCCGAGACGACCGUAGCGCCAACGGGCACGUCCGCCGGACCAGCGCCUACCAAAGAUGGCGCUGAGAGCAGGGAUAGCUCGGUGAAGCGCAACACCAUGCGGACGAGGGCCCGCGCCGGCGUGGCGUCGGAGGGGAGCGCCGAAGCGGGGAGGGUCGGGAAUGCGGCGGAGGAGCCCGGCGAGGACGACGACAGCACCUCGACGCAGAAGCGCAAGCGCCUGAAGAAGCGAAAGCCGGCGCGGGCGCGCGUGCCCGAGACGAGUGACACGGAGCAGGAGGCGCUGACGCGGCCCGUGCGGCGCCUCAAGACGCGGCGCGGCAGCCGGCAGGGGAAGUCCACGUCGCAGGCCUCCGGCACCGUAAGCCCCUGUGGGGUGGGCGAUGUUCCCGUGGCCCAGGAGGAGCCGCGUCUGGCCCGACCUCCCUCCUCGGCCGCGCUCCACAAGGGGGAGGAGGAUGACGAGGGCAUGGACAGCCCCGACGGGAAUCACGUGGGCGGCAGGCAGAGUGAGCCGGACUCCAGCUUGGAGCUGGUGGAGCCGCCCACUCCGGAGAUAUUGUCCAUCGACGACAGCUCAGACAACGAGGCCACAAAGCUGCCGAAGUGUUUGACGGUGAAGGCGGCGGCGAGGGGCCAGACCCCGGCAGCGGCGAGGGGCCAGACCCCGGCAGCGGCGAGGGGCCAGACCCCGGCAGCGGCGAGGGGCCAGACCCCGGCAGCGGCGAGGGGCCAGACCCCGGCAGCGGCGAGGGGCCGGACCUCGGCGGCGGUGUUGGGCGAGGCGGGGCGGGCGAACAGCGUCGAGGUGUCGUCGACAAGCGACCUGUGGCAGAGGAAAAGCCCCCGCCUUGUGGCUGAGUCACUGAAAAAGGAUGAAGACCACCAGAAAAAAUCCUCGACCACAGACUCGCACCUGUGUGAGCCCACCGCUGGGGCCUUCGAGGGCCACGAGGCAGCCGUCAGUGGCAUUCAGAUUUUCGAGGGGAUGCUCUACACCUGCUCCUCCGACAAGACCGUGCGUGCAUUUGACCUGGAGACCCGGCAGUGCUUGCGCACGUUCAACGGCCACACCAGCAAAGUGAACGCGCUGCUGGUGACGGUGGCGGGCGGCAACGCCUCCCAGCCGCGCCUCUACACCGGAGCCAGUGACCACACCAUCCGCUGCUACAACGUCAGGGAAGAGAGGUGCGUGGAGGAGUUCUCGGUGCUGGACCGCGUGCUGUGCCUGCACGAGCGCUGGGACGUGCUGUACGCCGGCCUGGCUAACGGCACCGUGGUGUCCAUCAGCACUCAGAGCAACAAGUUCCUGGACACGUUUGAAUGCCAUGGGCCGCGAGCCGUGAGCUGCGUGGCAUCGAGCCAGGAGGGCAGCCGACGCCUGCUGCUCGUUGGCUCCUACGACGCGACCAUAAGCGUGCGCGACGCUCGCUCCGGACUCUUCCUACGCGCCCUCGACAGCCACACCAAGACGGUGCUGUGCAUGCAGGUGGUGAAUGACUUGGUCUUCAGCGGAUCCAGCGACCAGUCUGUCCACGCGCACAACAUCCACACGGGAGAGCUGCUGAGGAUCUACAAGGGGCACACGCAUGCCAUCACGGCCAUCAGUAUCCUGGGCAAGGUGAUGCUGACCGCCUGCCUGGACAAGCUGGUGCGAGUGUAUGAACUUGAGUCACACGACCGCCUGCAGGUGUACGGAGGCCACAAGGACAUGGUCAUGUGUAUGGCCGUGCACAAGAGCAUGAUUUACACCGGAUGCUACGACGGCUCCGUCCAGGCCGUGACGCUCAACCUCGUCUCCAACUUCCGCUGCUGGUGGCACAAAUGUUGCCUGAUGUUCGGGGUGCUGGACCACCUGAAGGAGCACAUCCGAAGCACGCACCUAAACGCCGAUGCUCAGAGCGCGCUCUGCCGUUGGAGGGACUGCGACGCCUUCUUCACGGCCAAGAAUCGCACCAUCCAUGAGCUGGUUCCACACUUGUGCCGUCACGCUGAGCUCGACAGCCAGCCACAGAAAGAAUGAGGAGGGGUGGCGGCAUGCCGGACCACCGGUGCCCCGGGCAGUAUCACCAGCUUGCGGGAGAUGAAUGAAACCUGCGCCCCCACUCGUCUAGAAUAUCUAAUCACGUGGCCGGCGACUUGAAUUAGCGACGGUGCUCGCAACGAUGCGGUGAAACGUUUCCGUGUGGCCGGGGCCAUCACAAAGCCUUGUUGCUGCACAUGCGUACAUACAUACAUGCAAACACACGCACACACACAAGGCACCAUUUUAACUUGGAAGUGAAUCGUUUCUGUUGAGUAUCUGACGUAGGUAGAGGUUGCACCAGGAGGUCCGGAGUUCUGUUUUAGUGUACAUGAAGCACAGUUAUUUUGAUUGCAGUGCAGCCCUUCGCACUUGCACGUCCACUUACUCGCCUGACCGAUUGUCAGGCCACCGCUCGGUGUGGUUUUUAUACAGUAGGUGAAUGUGUGAGAGAAACGAAGAUCUACAUUGAUUGCAGUUGAUCAGUCCUCCUGUGGCAUCCAUACACUAUGUUUGUACUCACUGUUUUGUACACUGUGUGAGAGACUGUUGUUGAUUUUUAAACGGUCUCGCCAUUUGACUUGUUAUUGCGAUUUUAAGUUUAAUUGUCGUGCUCAAGACAUGAGCUGGCGUAAAUGCCUAGUGUCGACUCGGUGAAUAUGCCCUUCGUGGUGUUCAGACGGCAAGCUCCUUAGACUCGUUGGAGAAAAGACCUGCUUACUGUGGUGGUGAUGUGAAAACAUUGCCAGAUGCAGUGAUGAUGUAAGAGCCAGGGUGGUUCACUCUGUGUUCUACAUUGGAAAGGUUGUACUGCAAAGGCCCGGAGCAAGAAUGUUAACUCUGGUCCACGCAGGAAUGUAGAGAAUGUUUAGCCAUGUUGACCCGGGAAGGGAGUACACUUGUCAACCAAAAAAGUAUCACAACACAAGAAAUAUUUUGUUUUGGGUGUGAUGUGUGCAAGUGUAGACCCCUGAUGCUGGCAAAAGCCAAAGAGGGUGAAAGUGAAGUGAUUAGUUUUGUUUAUGUUUUGAACCGCUUUGCCACAAAGAACCUGGUGCCUCCCUAAUAUGGCGGUGAUGGCUUGCACACGAUCAGAAAGUGAGGGAGCAGUGAGCCAACGUGUGCGUACAGAUACCAGUGUCCCCAACUACUUCCUGAGCAGGAUACACGGAAGUAUUUGCCGGUCAUCGCUGGCUGUUUAUUUGAGAGUCGCUAAACCAAACCCUUUAACGCAACUGCCCAAUCCUUGAAGGUUGCAGCAGCAAUCCAAAUCCAGUUGAUUCAAAGAUCUGGACCAGGUUUCCUUGACCAUCUUCGUCAGCCGUCGGCAGUGUUUCUAUUGCACAUUUCGUAUUGAGUGGGUUUCAGUGCACUGCAGACAAUUUGAAUAAGGCAAGCAUCUAGCAGUGUUAAAUGCAAUCGGGGCUUGCAAUGAAUCUAGUAAAGCACUAUAAUGGAUUGGACAAAAAAGCAUGUGAAAUGAAAAUUAAGUUUUUGCAGGUUGACCCAUUUUUAAUGUGGGUGGUGCAUGCUGUUCAUUGCUAACUGGUACAACUUUAUCAUGAUUGCUUCUAUCAACGUGUACCCAUUCUGUACCCCAAAGUGCUGUCGUUCUUUCCAGCAGCUGAGACUUGUAAAAGUCUUAACCAAAUUAUGUGAAAGAUGAGGUGAUUGCAAAAAACGUUAAUCUUCCUUAUAAAACCACAUGGGCUCUGGUUGGACCACAUUUAUCUUGGAGCAGCAGGGUUGGGUUGGUUUGGGUUUAGCAAGUUGGGGAGAAGUGUUACGCAGGAGUUACAGCCAUGGAGGUUUUGGGGAGAGCACCACAACGAACGUAAAGUUACGGCACUGUGUGGGGUGAAUUGCGUGCGUGGUAUUAUUUCCAUUGCUUGAGUUGGAUGUGACGCAUGUGUUUAUUUUCCUUGAGAUGGCUCGUGUGAAGGUGCUCCUGCCUGAGAGUUGUCAACCACCGACGUCGCGCCUCGUCAGCAUUAGUGCGGUUCAACGGCCCUUGUGCAGUAGCGUUUGCGUUAUUUUGCCCAAAGCAACGAGGGAUAAUUUAUGGUAAACCUUUAAAUACAUCUCCCAUUGUUUUGCCAGUGUCACUUGGGAUCCUCUUACAAUGCUGCUUUUGCGGCACAUGUGUGGGGACUGUGCCUUCGGGGGUUCAUGCGUGAAAGCUCCCGUGCAUUGUGUGAAAUUCUGAACAUGUUUAAAUAUUGCCCCAUUUCCAGAGCCAUUUGGGAACGCUGAAGUACCCAAUGCAAUGUCUAAAUGCGUGCCAACCUUCACUCCUGCAUCGCCAAAGGCACAAUCUUUACGAUGUUGCAUAUCAACUGGGCUGCAUCGUUUUACUGGCACCACCAAGUUGAAUUGCUCUUGGGAGUUACUGCUCGUUUUGUGGCCAUUUUGUAUGGGAGCUGUUGACAUUUGGGAUGUGGCGUCACGUAGUCUGUAAUUCAUUGAAUUAUUUUCAAUAUUGCAGAAAACGUGAACAUGCAUGGUUAAUAUCAGUUUUGGUAGACUCGGCAGAGGUGUGUUCAGUAUCGACAAUGCACAACAGCAUGACUGAAACACCUGCCCACAUACCACCUGCAUUAAAAUUAAGUUAAAGCUGAGGUGCCUGAAGGGUGAUGAGUAGGAGCACCUCGCCGUGGUUGUGGCGAGUGCAGAGGGAGCGGUGUGGAGCCGUCCAGCGUGCCGUGGUGUAGCGUGAUUAUACUGCACGAGCGUGGCCUUGUGACUGGAACUUAGGCGCACAUGUCUUCCUCCUGACUGGGGUUUGACACCCCUCGCCCACAAGAGGCCCUUGAAGUGCCUCCUCUGCCACGACAAUCCAAUUGGGAAAUCGGCAAUUGAAACUUUUCUUUCGGCGAGCAUCGGAUAGCACACAGACCACGGAUUGUGCUGGUUUCAUGACAAGCAGGACCUCGAAACGAAACAAGGGUUUGAGCUGGAUUGUCACAAGAGGACAGUUUGCCAGAUUCUAGGUAAAAAGUAAUCGAACAAAGCCAUGUCAAAAGAAGGUUAAUAUCGCGGUGUAACCCGAUGCCAUGUAAAUGUACAAAGCGUUUACACAGUUCUUUUUAAUUGUAGGAUUUACUCAGUAAUUUUUUUUAUCACAUGAAAUGUUUCUUAACUACAUUUGACAAUGAGAUACAAGUUACAUAUCGUGGCCUUGUGUGAUGUGCGAUGUCUCGCUUAAAACAUGCCGAUGGGUGCAUUGGUCGUCGGCAUCGUGAGUUUGAGGGGGAGUUUUGAGAGCCUCAACCCAGGGCUUUCACUCACCCGUUCGGCUGAGAGGAGGUGGCUUUACCGGUGCAGGUGGCACCGUGAUGUCUGGUGCCACUCAUUCUGGGUGGAGUGAGAGGCCGUGUGGGUCUCAUUGUGGUAAAAGGAGGACGUGUGCACCACGUUCUAAACUGUUUACUUUUUGUAUUCACUUUUCCUAAGUUAAAAAAUAUUUCAAACUUGUGAAUCCUGGGCAUCGGCUUGUGGAUUAGGUGCUCGAGAAGCUGACGGCCAUCUUUGCAGGAACUUCCUGCCACACGGGUUACAAACACAUGUCAAAGGCCCACAUGUAUAUCAUUAGUUUCUCAUAGUUGUAGUCAUGCAUGCAUCGUUAAGCUAUUGUACAGAUAAUUCACAUGGCAAUGGCAUUAAGGUGGAAUGUAGACACCAGGAAUUGAGAGUUGGAGCUUUUGACAGUAGUGAUGUAGCUGAAGCUUCUACUCAUCGGAUUUUAGCGAAAUUUGGCAAAGUCCAUCACUAUUCUCGUGCUACUCGAGUGUGUGACAUGCACCUGUGUGAAUGUAGCGCCUAACCCACAGACCAGACCCAGCAGACACACGCGUGCCUUGUGUGUGUUUCAGGAAGCUUUAAGUUGAAACAUUCUUGAAAAAAUCUUAAAAAUAAAAUAAAAUUCUCAUUA